CCCACACCCAGAGAGGCCAGUCCCUUCAAUGCCACAGACAACAGUCUCUACGGAGCUAGGUGGCUGGACAAACCCCCACUCAGAGACUGGCAAAAUUUCGAUGGUGCCUUCACUAACAUUGACAGCAGCUUUAACUUCAAUCACCACGGCAGCCCUGGUGCCAAAGGAGACGCAGGCAUCAACGACCCAUGUGACAACUGCUGCCAAGGGAACAGCUGGAACUCCAGGCAGCUUACCGAUGCUACCUACUCUGACCUGCAAGUUAUCAGAUCAACUCUGGGUUAGGACAGUUGCGACAGUGACAUCAAGAAAGGUUCGACCAGACUUGAUGCUGAAACAGAACGUGACAAGGGGACUUACACAGGCAUUGAAGCGAGCUUUCUUCACUAAUGAUGUACAGGCUCAGAUUGAAAGUCUCGAAAGAAGAAAUAAGGUCUUUAUUGGAUUCUAUGCUGUGACUGGAAAUGAGGUGUACAUUCCGUCCGCUGUGACUGAAGCGAUUACGAUGUAUGGAAUUGAGAACUUCAUGCGGGACAUGCAGCAGCAUGUACCUGAUCUGCAGUCUGUCCUGAUUUCUGCCUCCUCAUGGGCUCCACCCCCAGCCCGAUGGUUCCAGUUAAAAACAGUGCUGCAGUUUGUGAGUACAACAGACAUCGUGAAAUUCUGCAGUUUUGUUCAGACCAUGGAGACAAGACUACGGAGAGCAUUCGAGGAGGCUGCAUCUCGAGCCAAUUUGAAAAGUUACUUCAGUGUUCAGAUUUUGAACACGUCUGUUGCUGAUGGCUCUACAGCUGUCACAAUGGUGUAUGCAGUGAGAAAUGAAAGCACGCUUCUCAAUGGCACAACAUCCAGCAGUCUUUUGCAUCAGUUGACAGCUGCUGAGCUUGGAUACUACCUGGCUUACCCACCUCUGAUCCUCGCUGAACCUUUGGAAUAUGAAAAUCUUGACACCUCACUGGCAACUGAGAAAUCCUGGGUUGUUACAGUUAUCCUUGGUGUUGACAAUAGCUCUCUGGGUGAGCAGUAUCAACGUUUUGCGAGCCUGAUGGAGCAGAGGUUAGCGAACCUGUUCGUGGCAGCUCAGCAACAAGGGCGAAGGUUUAAACGGGCUUCGACAAUCGGUAUCUACACUGUACAGUUGGUCAGCAUUAAACGCCUUCCUGGUCCUAAGAAUCCAGCUGAGUUGACCUACUAUGCCUUGGAGAAUGGUGGGGCCUUGCUGGGUACAACCGCGGCCAAAAUAUUGAAUACAGUUGACUCUCAGACCAUGGCCUUGGAGUUAGGAUAUCGUGUGCAACUCCAAGCUGAACCUGUUGUGAAAAGCCCACCAAACAACUUGUGGAUUAUCGCUGCAGUGCUGGCUCCUGUUGGUGUGGUAACCAUUAUCAUCAUCAUUAUUUCCGCUGUACUGUGCCGGAAAAACAAAGGCGAAUUUAAAUCCGAGACUAUGUCGAAUCUUCACCAGAGAGCAAAGCCAGUCCAGGGGUUUGAUUAUGCCAAACAACACAUUGGUCAACAGGGAGGAGAGGAUGAAGUCACCAUUACUCAAGAGACUGUAGUCUUACCACUGCCUGGCCGAGAUGCACUCGUAUCUCAAGAACGAGAAAGCUCACAGGAUGGAGUUAACAUCAAACCACUAAAAACUAUCGAUAUACGGAGAAGCAGGUUACACAGCGAACAAGAUUCUGUCAUCAGUGAGCAGUCAGGAAAUCUUGACUCGGAUACAGGCACUCCACAGAAGGCAACCGCACAGCAGAAAAUUACAAAAGAGGGAACAAGGAAGAAAAAUGCACCAAUCAGUGACGAGGAGGAGAGUGCCACACUGUUUGAGCACGUCUCCAAGACAUCAGAUGAUCCAUUCGACACAUCCUCCGGGUCCGUUCAGCUCCUCUCGAUCAAGCCUCUGUCAGCCCAUCCUGGUUACCCUGUGUCAGAGCGAAGUCCAGAGGCAGUGGCAGUUAAUGGAGAGGUAAACAAGGCUCUGAAACAGAAAUCUGAUAUUGAGCACUAUCGGAACAAGUUACGCCUGAAGGCAAAGAGAAAAGGAUAUUAUGAUUUCCCAGAAGUAGAAAAUAAUCAAGUGAUGAUGGAGAAGCAGAGGAAAAUGUACGAGAAAGGACAGAUGGAAGCUGAAACACAGGUGCCCUCCACGUUCACUGAAUCUCGAAACAGGCAAUCCCAGACGAAGAAUGCUGUUUAUAGGAGCAGGCAGUCUUUGAAUAGCCCAGGUCCAGGAGGAACGGAGAUGGAUCUACUGGUCAGGAGGGAGCGAUCACGGCGGGGCAUUCGCAACAGUGGAUAUGAUACUGAGCCAGAGUUGACAGAAGAAACAAACGUUGACCGAAUUGCGGAGUCUCAGACUGCCACCCGAGCAAGACAGGCCAAAGGUCACUCGGAAUCCUCCACCCUCAGCUCCCAGCCGUCCAUCGACGAGGUCAGGCAGCACAUGCACCAGCUCCUGGAGGAAGCGUUUAGCCUGGCCUCUGCAGGACGGGUCGCUCACGGCCGUCACCAGCUGCACUACACCACGGGUCAGCCAUUACCCUACACCGAGCUGGUCACCAGCGCCCCUGGAACCAUGAGCAGAUCGAGGGCUGGACUCCAGUGGGUUCCUGCGUGUGGCCAGGACCUGUGCCAGUAUAGUUUGCCCAGACCUGCUUAUAGGUAUUCGCAACUUCCGGAAAUGUCUGUCGGAUCCCCACCACCUGUUCCUCCCAGAAAUGCUCCUGUAGCAGUUACAUCCCUCAGACGUUGGACAUCAGAAAAUAACAAUAACACGAGAACAGUUGAGAGUCACAGUGCAGAUCAAUCACAACACGAAGCUUCCUAUGUACCUGUGUCCAGAUCCACUGUCGCUGCAGAACAGCCAAUCACAAAUUACUCAGGUAGCUCAGUGCCAGCAGUCUAUGCCAUACCAGCCAACAGACCUGGAUUCCCAAACUACUUCAUCCCUUCUCCUUCCCCCUACCGCAACCAUGCCUGGACCCCGUACGUGGGAGAUGGAGAAGCACAGGCCCAGUGGGCAGAGAACGUAACUCUCCCUGGAUACGUUGAGGCCUUUUCACAUGCUCGGUAUCCACACAGCUCUCCCCAUCGGCAGUACAGUCAGACGCAACCUUCGAAUCCACCUCGGUGUAUUGAGCAAGCUCAGACUCCGUCCACCGCUGCAUCUCAGCAGAGUUUGACAGAGAAUGAGUCCUCCGAAACCUCCUACACCAACAUCUCCACCGCUGCUUUGGUCAAGGCCAUCAGGGAGGAGGUUGCAAAGCUGGCCAAGAAACAGACUGGCAUGUUUGAAUUCCAGGUUUAGCAGCACUCUGCAGUGUUAUCCUUUGAAGAGCCUGGACAACCUAGCUUCCCACGGGAGCCAGAGCAGCGAUGGAAUUUCUAGUUUGUUGGAUUGAAUUCACCUCAACCAGUGCAAGUGUCAUUAACCUCUGGAUGGAGCUAACAACAACAAAAAAAAUCAUCUUGCAGAUUCGGGCCAAUUGUUUCAAGCCAUGAAAAGCAGAUCAAUCAGAUCAUUCGACUGCUUCCCCAAUGGAAUGCGUCUGAAAAUGCGCCAUCAUACAUCGUGUCUUAUUCUAGUAAUGUCAUUGAGUGUAAUGUUUAGCACAAGACUACUACAUUGGUGGAGGUGGGAGGACUUUGACUGACCCUUGUGUAUUUCCUAUGAGGUGGUCAAUGCAUAUAUUGAAAACAGAUGUGCAAAAAAACAGACUUGUCAAAGAAAAAAAAGCGACAAUAGGUGAGGAAGGUCAACUGCAGACUAUUGCUGUACAUUCCCUGCAGCACCCUCCACUGGAAAACUUCAGGCAUCAGCUGACAAGAAAAGCAGAAUGGGCACAGGAAUUGUAAGAUGCGAGUGAUUUGUGACAACCAGCAAUUACGUGCGGCUCCUAAUCUGAUCACGUGGAAACCUGGUACUCAAUGGUUUUAAACUUCGAUCCGAAUAGAGUACAAUGAUACAAUUCCUCUCUCUACCCAAGCAAACAAGCGUCCUGAUGAUCAUCACACUCUCCAUUGAUGAACCACUUAGUGAUACAGGAUCAGUCCAUUUACCAUCCUUGGCAGUUGGGAUAUGGACUGUUCCCUACUAUCGAACAAAAUCUGUAUUUUCCACUGGCAGUUGGACAAGUUUGAAUUCUAACUUGCAUUUAUAUAUUGAUCGUGUCUUAAAUGAUGGAGUCAGCACUCUGAUCUGUGAAAUCCUGGAUGUUACUCUUGUGUAAAUGAUCCCAAAUAAACCCUGACAUGGUACUGAAGUUUAACCAUUUCCAUUACGUCAUAGAAUGGAACUCCAGAUUUCUUCUUAUCGUUGGUGUCCAGUGGUGUUGCUUGAAGGCCAUUAUGAAUAUUGAAUGCUUUGAAAGUAGUUUGAACUUUAUUACAGUAUUAGAGUUAUGGAGCGAAGGCAGAGAAAUCAAUAUGGUCUAAUCAGACACAGUUUAAUUGAACUAGGUAAAAACAAGGAAUUGAAUGCUGGAGUAAUCUUGAAAACCCGAGUGACUUCCUCCUGUUGCAAAAGUGUUAUGUUAAUAUUAACUGCAAGUUUGAACUUUGAGCAUUU